CACACUAUAUAGACAGUGCAAUUUAACGAAUCGCACAGUAUUACAAUCUCACAUGCAAUGUCUUCCGUAAGAUUACUAGACCUUUUAUCAGAGACGGACAGGAAGAAUAGUAACGUGAUAAUCAAUCUGUGAGUGGUACAUACCGGACUCCACUAACCUGGCUUCCAAGGUGUUGUCAGUGCAUAGUCUACAAUUAUCAGUUUCAGCAUGAAGGCGAUUAACGUUUGUUUCCUUCCUACCCUUUUAUUGUUACUGGCCCAUUCAAAUGCUGAGGAGUGCGCAUGUGCGACUGGAAACGUUCACAUCAGAUCUGGUGCUGGUGUAGGUCACGGAAUUCUGGGAGUUUUAAGCACAGAUUCUUGUCUCACCUUCAAGGGACACCUGGCCUCUGUUAGUGGAACUCACUGGGCCAACGUAGACUACGACGGUCAAGAUGGCUGGAUAUCGUCCACGUACCUCGCAUUCAAAACAUGCCCGUUAUCGACAUCUCAUAACAGCGGUACAGGCACACAUUCUACUUCCGGCUGUCCUCCGAUCGUAAGUCGAAGUGAAUGGCAUGCGCGUGCGCCUAAGCAUCACAUUGGUCCACUUCCGGCAGUGCCUGGAAACGUGUAUAUUCAUCAUGGCGCCACACACGGUUGUUUCACAAAGGCAGACUGCAUUAAGCUAGUGCAGUCCUAUCAGAAUUAUCACAUGGACACACACGGUUGGCCAGACAUCGGGUACAGCUUCAUCAUUGGAGAAGACGGGAAUAUUUAUGAGGGGCGGGGCUGGAACACUAUAGGGGCACAUACAUAUAACCAUAAUUAUGAUGGUCUAGGAUUCUGUGUCAUGGGAGAUUUCACCUCGCACACACCAAAUGCCCAAGCUAUAAACGCAGUUAAGAGCCUGAUCAACUGUGGAGUGAAUAGCGGAAGGAUAACUCAUAACUACGUGUUGAAAGGCCACCGUGAUGUCGGGCAAACCAGUUGUCCCGGAGACAAGUUUUAUGCCCUCAUCAAGACAUGGCCGCAUUAUCACCACUGAGUGGUUUCCGUGAUUGUAGCGUGCUUUAAAAUGUUUUUCAGCAAAUAUGAUAAACUAUUACAUCAUC